CCAACACUGCAUCAUCCAACACACCUUGCUCAUAGAAACAGAGAGAAAACACACAGAAAACAGAGAGAAAACAGAGAUGGAGAACUUCCCAGUUAUCAACAUGGAGAAGCUCAAUGGGGAGGAGAGAGCAGCCACCAUGGCUAAGAUCAAUGAUGCAUGCGAAAACUGGGGUUUCUUUGAGUUGACAAAUCAUAGCAUCCCCCAUGAAUUUAUGGACAAUCUGGAGAGGUUGACGAAGGAGCACUACAAGAAGUGUAUGGAGCAGAGGUUCAAGGAAUUGGUGGCAAGCAAGGCUCUAGAGGGUGCUAAGGCAGAGGUCAAUGACAUGGAUUGGGAGAGCACCUUCCACGUGCGCCAUCUUCCCCAGUCAAAUAUUUCUGAGAUCCCAGAUCUUGAAGACGAAUACAGGAAGGUGAUGAAGGAAUUUGCGUUGAAGUUAGAAAAGCUAGCAGAGGAACUCUUAGACCUGCUAUGUGAGAAUCUUGGACUAGAGAAAGGGUACCUCAAAAAGGCCUUCUACGGCUCAAAGGGUCCAACUUUUGGCACCAAGGUUAGCAAUUACCCUCCAUGCCCCAAGCCGGAGCUUAUCAAGGGCCUCCGCGCGCACACCGACGCUGGCGGCAUCAUCCUGCUGUUCCAAGACGACAAGGUCAGCGGCCUCCAGCUGCUCAAAGACGGGCAGUGGAUCGACGUGCCGCCUAUGCGCCACUCCAUUGUCAUUAACCUCGGUGACCAGCUCGAGGUGAUCACCAAUGGGAAGUACAAGAGUGUGCUGCACAGAGUGAUAGCACAAACUGAUGGAAACAGAAUGUCAAUAGCUUCAUUCUACAACCCUGGAAGUGAUGCUGUGAUCUAUCCAGCACCAGCACUGGUGGAGAAGGAGACAGAGGAGAAGAAUGUGUACCCUAAAUUUGUGUUUGAAGACUACAUGAAGCUGUAUGCUGGGCUCAAGUUUCAGGCCAAGGAGCCAAGAUUUGAAGUCAUGAAGAGCAUGGAAGCUAAUGUUAAGUUGGACCCAAUUGCAACCGCUUGAGAGCAGUUUUACUUGAAUUAGGAUUCUCUCCCGUUCAUUUGAACUGGAUAAUAUCCCGUUAGUUAUAGUGCAUGAGUAUAUUUGUCCACUCAAAAAAUAAAAAUA